AUGGAGGGACAACAAGGAGCGCCCAGCGAAGAAAAUGUGAACGCCAUUAUUGCCACGCUGAACGCAUUACGGGCUUCAGUGGAGGAGCUUCGACAAAGUACCGAAGAUAGCCAAAGGGACAUUGUACGAUUACGCGAGGGUAUGCAGCCACAAAGUGUAAGUGGGAGUAGUGUGCAGCCAGCACAAGACGAACAACGCCAGGCUGUCGUGGAGGAUACCGGUUCGCACAUAAAGUUGUACGACUUGCCUACGUUUGGCGGUAAUAUUGAAGAAUGGCCAUUGUUCUACGCAAAUUUCAACGACACGACACAGGCGUUCCGUUACAGCCACCGGCAAAAUUUAAUGCGGUUGCAAAAAUGUCUGGUUGGCCCGGCAAAAGAGGCAGUGGCGGCCAUGUUAAUUUUUCCGAAUGAUGUGCCGAACGUGAUGCGUGAGCUUGAGUUUCGGUUUGGUCGGCCCGACAUUUUGGUUAAAGGGCAAAUAAGCCAAUUGCAGCAGUUCCCGCCAAUACCUGAAAGCAAAGUCGAAAGGAUUAUACCGUUUUCGUCAAAAGUCCGUAACGUGGUGGCGUUUCUGAAGUCCGCGAAUUGUCAACAACAUUUGUCAAACGUGACGUUGCUUGAGGAAAUGAUUAUCAAGCUGCCGCAAACCAGACAAUUCGAUUGGGCGAAGCACGCUGCGACCAUCUCGCCUUAUCCAACAAUCGAACAUUUUUCGGAGUGGCUCAGCGACUUGGCAAGGAUAAUUUGUCUAAUGCCGACAACAAGCACACAAAGCAGCAAACAAAAUGCUGCGCCGAACAAUCCGCGUCGCCUUAUGCAUAUCAACCGAACGAAAGAGACUUUAAAGUGUUACCACUGCAGUGGAAGCCAUAUGAUAGCACAGUGCGAGUCGUUCAAGACGAUAGGCGUUCAGGACCGGUGGGAACUAGUCAAAACACAGCAAUUAUGUUUUUCAUGUUUGCGCAAGGGCCACUGCACGCAGAAAUGUCGGUCAAGGCGAAGGUGUGAGGUGAAUGGAUGCCAACGAUACCACAACCAGCUACUGCACAAUGAGGAAGCAGCUGACCAAACGCCACGUCGAGUCACGCAAUCGGAUGCCGCGGUGCAGCCACUGUUAAAUUGUCGGGUAACACAAAUUUCGCAAGGUUUGCUAUUUAAAAUGUUACCGGUUAAUAUUUACGGCCCGGACGGCAAGCAGGAAGUCCUCGCCAUGUUUGACGAAGGUUCGUCAGUGUCGAUAAUGGAGGCCGGCGUAGCAAAUAUGAUCGGUGCUAAAGGCGAUGUACAUCCACUCACGCUGCAGUGGUAUGACCAUAAAAUGGUAACCGAGCAAGCCAGUAAGGUUGCCGUUGAAAUCGAGAACUGCACUAACAAGAAUAGAUUUGCGCUUAAAGAUGUGUACACGGUAAAAAACUUGAAUUUACCCGAACAGUCACUAAGAAAAGAAAAUUUCGAUCAUCUUAAAGAUCUGCCCAUUUUGAACUAUUAUCGUGCAAAACCAGUGUUGCUGAUUGGGUUAAAACACGCUCAUCUCGGUGCCACCACAGCGAUUGUGAAAGCCAGCAGCGAUAGUCCCUUGGCUGCGAAAACUCCACUUGGCUGGGUUGCAUAUGGUCCAACGAAGUUGCCAUCACCAUUGAACCCCCGUGUUCUGCUCGUGCGAGAAUUGCAGCAACUGAACGAUUUAAUAAAAGAAUAUUUCACAGCAGAUAGUUUUGGCGUCAAUCCGUCGCCGGAGAAGUUAGAGUCAGACGAAGAGAAGCGCGCACGUUCAACCUUACAACAAACGACCAGAAAAGUGGGACACCCGUACGAAGUCGGGUUGCUGUGGAAAGAGUAUCCGCCGAAAUUGCCAAGCAGUCGAGCCAUGGCGGAAAAGCGCUUGUGGACAGUGGAGAAACGAAUGAGAGGCGACGUCGAGUUUCGUACGCGGUACAGAGAGGAAAUGUCCAAGUAUUUUGAAAGAGGGUACGCCAGAAAGCUGAACGAAGCCGAAGUCAGCGCGCCGGACUUAAACGUGUGGUACUUGCCCCACUUCGCCGUCUUCAACCCCCAUAAGCCGGAAAAAAUACGAAUUGUUUUUGAUGCCUCAGCCAGCGUAGCAAAUGUGUCUCUCAACUCGGCUCUUCUGAAAGGUCCAGAACAAGCACAAUCGCUGAUAAGAAUUUUAUUGCAAUUUCGCCAGGGGCGCAUUGGAGUAUCAGCCGACAUUCGUGAAAUGUUUUCACAAAUAAAGAUACGCCAAAACGAUCAACACGCCCAACGCUUUUUAUGGCGCGACGGAGACCAAAGUCGACCCAUCGAAGAGUACGCGAUGACAUCACUAAUAUUCGGUGCUGUAUGCUCACCAUGCAUAGCCGAAUACAUAAAGAAUAAAAACGCCAAAGAGUUUAGAGCACAGUUUCCGGACGCCGUAUCCACGAUUAUCAACAAACACUAUGUUGACGAUUUAGUUGCCAGCUUUAACGAGCCCGAAGAAGCCGUAAGAAUCUGCCAAGAGAUAGUUAAAAUAAAUCGACAUGCGGGAUUCGAGCUGCGAAAUUUUAUCUCCAACUGUCGUGAGGUAGAAGAAACAAUGAACCAACAAUCAACGUCGCCAGCAAGAGAAGCGGUCAGCAUGGAACGAAACGGAAUAGCAGACAAAGUGCUCGGCCUGUACUGGAACACGAAAGAAGAUACGUUCGGAUUCCACACACAGUUUCAUCGCGUGCCUCAAGAAGUACUAAACAGAGCGCGUGCACCAACCAAGCGGGAAUUACUGCGCAUCGUUAUGGCGGUGUUUGAUCCGUUUGAGACCUGGAAGAGCGAAAUAGAAUGGGACGACAUUCUUCCGAAGGAGCUGGGCAGGAAAUGGUCACAAUGGUGGCAAGAGUUCGACAGUGUGAGGCAAUUCACGAUUCCACGAUGUUACUCGCCAUACGUCGCAAGCAUCGGUAAAGUCGAGGUGCACAUGUUUGUCGACGCAAGUCAAGUUGCGUUUGCUGCGAGGAAAUACAAGGCGUUUGUCGGCCAUCGCAUAUCCGAAAUACUUACCUCCACUGCCCCGGAACAAUGGCGAUGGGUGCCAACUGGGGAAAAUGCUGCAGACGCUGCAACGCGCCCAUCAUGUCCACCGAAAUUCGACACCAAUAACCGUUGGGUAAAGGGUCCCGACUUUUUAAAGUACCACGAGCAGUAUUGGCCUGCCCUAACAAUACAACCGGAAUACGUCCUUCCAGAAGAAAUUAAGACCGAAGCGAUACUACUGGUGCAGCCACGCAACUCGGUCAUAGACUUCUCAAGAUUUGGUUCGUUUCUGAAGCUGCGACGUACUACAGCUUGGGUGAUGCGUGCAGUGAACCUGUUCCGAAAGCAGCCAAGAGGCGAAGUUAAUUCAUCAACGAGCCUGAACGUGACAGAAAUCGAAGCUGCCGAAAACAUGAUUUGCAAAUUAGUCCAGCUGGAGUGCUACGCGAAUGAGAUAUCCGACUUGGCAGCGGCGCGCAAACUUAGUAAGCGAAGCUCUCUAUGCAAGCUGUCACCGUAUGUUGAUGAAAUUGGUGUACUACGACUGAGCGGCCGCAUCGAUGAGGCGGCAUACCUACCAUACCAAGCGCGACGACCGAUUUUGCUACCACCAGAACACGGAGUGUCAGCCUUAGUUGUCAAAGAAGUCCAUGAGAGGAACCACCAUCAGAAUCUCGCAGUAACUAUCAACGCCAUCAGACAAAGGUACUGGAUUCCCAAUUUGAAGGCGUUACUUAAGCGAGUACGCCAAAAGUGCCCCAUAUGCACGGUUGACAGAGCAAAACCACAGCCACCGAUGAUGGGUCAACUACCGAUUGACCGUGUGACCCCCGAUUGGCAGGCGUCGAGAAAAGAGGUGGGGCGUCAUAUUUACGUGUUUGACUGUCCGAGCUGCGCACCUCGAGCUAGCGGAGAAUUUGUCAAGCGACGCGUUCAUCCUGUGCCUUCGCAAUUUUAUAAAUCGCCGCGGCACACCUGUGAGGAUAAGGAGCGAUAA